AUGCUGCACCUGCUGGCACUCUUCCUGCACUGCCUCUCACUGGCCUCUGGGGACUACGACAUCUGCAAAUCCUGGGUGACCACGGAUGAGGGCCCCACCUGGGAUUUCUACGCCUGCCAGCCCAAGGUGAUGCGCCUGAAGGACUACGUCAAGGUGAAGGUGGAGCCCUCGGGCAUCACGUGUGGAGACCCCCCUGAGAGGUUCUGCUCCCAUGAGAACCCAUACCUGUGCAGCAAUGAGUGCGAUGCCUCCAACCCGGACCUGGCCCACCCACCCCUGCUCAUGUUCGACAAGGAGGACGAAGGGCUGACGACGUACUGGCAGAGUGUCACGUGGAGCCGCUACCCAAGCCCACUGGAAGCCAACAUCACUCUUUCCUGGAACAAGAGCGUGGAGGUGACCGAUGAUGUGGUGGUGACCUUCGAGUAUGGCCGGCCCACCGUCAUGGUCCUUGAGAAGUCCUUGGACAAUGGGCGCACGUGGCAGCCCUACCAGUUCUACGCUGAGGAUUGCAUGGAGGCCUUCCACAUGCCUGCCCGCAGGGCCCGGGACCUGUCAUCCUCUAGCGCCCACCGGGUGCUUUGUACCGAGGAGUACUCACGCUGGGCGGGCUCCAAGAAGGAGAAGCACGUCCGCUUUGAGGUUCGGGACCGCUUUGCCAUCUUUGCCGGCCCUGACCUGCGCAACAUGAACAACCUCUACACUCGGCUGGAAAGUGCCAAGGGCCUCAAGGAGUUCUUCACCUUCACAGACCUGCGCAUGAGGCUGCUGCGCCCAGCGCUGGGCGGCACCUACGUGCAACGGGAGAACCUCUACAAGUACUUCUAUGCCAUCUCCAACAUUGAGGUCAUUGGCAGGUGCAAAUGCAGCCUACACGCCAACCUGUGCUCCAUGCGUGAGGGCAGCCUGCAGUGUGAGUGUGAACAUAACACCACAGGCCCAGACUGUGGCAAGUGCAAGAAGAACUUCCGCACGCGGUCCUGGCGCGCUGGCUCCUACCUGCCGCUACCCCACGGCUCCCCCAAUGCGUGUGCCGCUGUGGGCUCAGCCUUUGGCACUGAGGGUACCUCUGUCACUGCCCCUGCCAAGGUCUCCAAACUUUUCCAGCUCAAGCCCAAAUCUCAAGUGAUGCCUACUGAAGAAUUUCCAGACUGCGAGUGCUACGGCCACUCCAACCGCUGCAGCUACAUCGACUUCCUGAACGUGGUGACCUGCGUCAGCUGCAAACACAACACACGUGGCCAGCACUGCCAGCACUGCCGACUGGGUUAUUACCGCAACAGCUCCGCGGAGCUAGACGACGAGAACGUUUGCAUCGAAUGUAACUGCAACCAGAUCGGCUCCGUGCACGACCGGUGCAACGAGACCGGCUUCUGUGAGUGUCGCGAGGGCUCGGCGGGGCCCAAGUGUGACGACUGCCUCCCCACGCACUUCUGGCGCCAAGGCUGCUACCCCAACGUGUGUGACGACGACCAGCUGCUCUGCCUGAACGGCGGCACUUGCGUACAGAACCAGCGCUGCACCUGUCCCCGCGGCUACACUGGCGUGCACUGCGAACAACCCCUCUGCGACCCCACCGACGAAGACAGCGGCCUGGACUGCGACCGUGCGCCGGGGACCACCCCCGGCCCCGCCACCCUGCUCGGCUGCCUGCUGCUGCUGGGGCUGGCCGCCCGCCUGGGCUGCUGA